UAAAAGCGGUGUAGUUUAAAUUACAGAAUCCUGAAGUCAGGCUUUGUUUUUUAAGAAGAUGGAGUCGGGGACAGCGACGACUGUGAUCUCUCCAACGAGACGGCAGGAUAAAAGUUUGGGGGUUCUUACGAUGAAGUUUGUCAGGCUGCUUCGCGAAGCUGAGGACGGCCUGCUGGACUUAAAAGUGGCUGCAGACACUUUGGCAGUGAAACAGAAACGGAGGAUGUACGACAUCACCAAUGUACUAGAAGGUGUGGGAUUAAUCGAGAAGAAAACCAAGAAUGUAAUUCGAUGGAGAGGUGAGAACUCAAGCAGACAGACUAAGGAGAUGUUGGAACAGAAGAAGACACUGAAGGCUGAGAUCGCUGAACUAGAGGACCAAGAAAAAGAGCUGGACAACCAAAGAGCUUGCCUGGAGGAGAGCAUGACACAGUUUAACUCUGACCCCAUCAACAGUACUUUUAAAUUUGUGACAGACAAAGACAUCUGUAAUGCCUUCCAAGAAGACAUUGCUCUUGUUGUAGUGGCUCCUGUUGGGACACAACUAGAAGUGCUGCUGCCUGUAAUGGACCCCAGUGGUCAGAAGAAGUACCAAAUGAAUCUACACAGCCAGUCAGGUCCGAUCCACGUGUCGCUCAUGAACAGGGAUUCAGAUUCUACCACCCCUGUGGUCGUCCCCGUGCCACCCACUGGCAACAUCUUUGCAAUGCCAGUUCAGCCUAGCACCUCCGGCAUCCUGCACAGCUGCCCUCUGUCAUCAACCUCCCACUCCAUCUCCAGCACCGCCUCUUCUAGCUGCAGCCAGGACUCUGUCUGCUCAGACCACCAGAUGGCGCUGCCAGAACAUGACAACGUGCUGGCACCUUGGUUCAUACUGAGUGAGGAGAACAUGGAGUAUUGCACAGAGGCAGCGUCACUGUUGGAGCAGCAGCAGAUGGAGCUGGUCAACCAGGAGUUCACGUCUGGUCUGGAUAUAAGUAGCCUGUGGAAGCUCAGCUCAGCUGGAGAUCAUAUGAAGUUGGAAGAAACUGCUGACCUGAUUAAUGAGCUCUUGCCUACUGAGGGAAUGGACUAUAGUUUCAACCUGGACAACGGCGACAGAGUGUGCGACCUGUUUAAUAUGUAGAUCCUCGAUGACUGAGGGUCCCACUGCCGUAUGUUUUACACUCUGCACCAGCAGCUGUGUUAAAUGUAUUGUUCCCACUGUGUUAUACUAGCACACCACUUACACGUGCUGUUGUAAUCUGUAAAACAUAAAAAAA